AUGCGCCUGAAAUCCCGCAAACCCUUUUGGUUCUCAGCCAAGUCCCUUGACGACACCAACUUCGACCCAAAGUCAGAGUGGACAGAUGUCAACAUUGCCAACAGAGAGCUCCUUUUCAGAUCCUACAUCGGAGCCACCUGCAUGGCUUCAACCAGCAUUAUUGCAGAUGAAAAUCCUCAAGUGAAGCAUCAUCCCCACUACCCUCCUCCUCCCAAGCGAAUAGCAUCUCCUCCAAAAAGAAGAUCUCAUCAUUCAAAAACCUCAGCUGAUCGCAACGCUGAUGCGGAUGAGAGAGGCAAGGUCUGCUUCGGGCCGGUUACCAACCACUCCAGUCCCAAACCGUGGAACAAAUGCAAGAGGACCUUCGUUGAACCUAACGUCACGCUGGUGUCCCCACCAUGGGACAAUGUAACGUUAGGCGAUACCAUCCACUACCGGAUCGAGUCCAACCUCGCCCUGGACCGUCACUGCGUGUCCGGUGGGAACUUCUGGUUCGCCGUACUGGCGUCUGCCAGAGGUGAACCUGAGGCGAGCUGCGGUUGCUUCGUAGUAGACCACUGCAACGGUUCCUAUGAUCUCUUCACGGUAGCUGCCUGGGCCGGGAAAGCCAACCUGAACCUCACCCUGGUGCACACCGGCGAGGCGGUAAACCAUCUCAGGAAUGUGGUGUGGCCUGCUAAGGAUAGGGUGUCUUUCAUUGGCUUUUACCACCCAGACAACGUCACGGACGAAAAGUGGCCGCGAACCGGUUGUAACUUCAGGGGCCCCGGCAACUGGACGGGUUUAUGUGAGUAUGAACAUCCUAAAGCGAUGGGGGAUACGAGGCUGGUGUGCGAGAAUAAAGAUAAUGUGCCGUGUGAGACCCUCUACCGCAUGAAAGGCCACGGUGCUAGAAUAGAAGGCAGUGUGUCCAGACUUACAAAGAACGUGACCUAUCUUUUUGCCAGUCCCAACAGCUACACUCCGGUAUCAUGCUCCUCCAACUCCUCCUACACUCCCGUAUGCUCCUCCAACUUGACAAUUAAAGGAACCGGUGAAUUGGUCAGGAAGGAUUUACCACGCUGUCGUCCUGACCAGCCCAUUCCGAAAUUCCAAGGAUACUGGAAGGACGGUGUGUGGCACUCCUUACUCUGCGCCAUGAGGACGGACUGGUUGGAAAAGAAGCAACUGGGACAGUGCCUACAGAACAAGCGACUUGUGCUCCUUGGGGACUCUACCACCAGGCAGUGGUUCACUGCUCUGAGUAGGCUGAUUGGUGUCCGUGGGGUUAAGCCGCCUGGUGACAUAUACUGCUGCCAUAUGGUCCGGGUCUAUGAGGAACUCAACCUAACCAUGUGGUUCCAGAUCCACCCCCACGUUCUGGCCAGCUACGCCGUGGACGUCAAAGACACCAUGUUUGAGGUGGAUGUCUUCGAUGGGUUGGACGACCCGGCAUGCAAUUACAUCGUUGUGAUCAGUCCCUGGGCUCACUUCACACAGUGGACCCAUCACAGCUACCUUACCAGGACUAAGCUGAUACGAGAGGCGGUCAUUCGCUUCCGUAAGAGGUGUCCGGAUGUGCCAAUUGUCGUCAAGGGACCGCAUCCUAGGAAUCAUAAGACCUCCUCUGCCAUUAUUUAUGGAAGUGAUUAUCUCAUCUGGCAGGUGGGCUUGAUUAACCAAGAAACCUUCCACGGCAUAGGCGUGUGGUUCUUACCACUGUGGGACAUCAAUCUAGCUUACCCAAAAACAAACAAUGUUCACAUGCCCAUGGAAGUUGUCAGAGAAGAGCUUAAGAUGUUACUCGGCUUAGUGUGUGAGAAACACUAAUGGCUACUUAGAACGCAUCACUUAGUGUGUGAGAAACACUAACAGCCAGUUAGAACACAUUAAUUUAGUGUGCGAGAAACACUAUAGCUAUUUAGAACACAUUACAGUGUGCAAGAAAAACUAGUAGCUAGUUAGAACACAUUACUUAGUACGUGAGAAACACGAAUAGCGAGUUAGAACACAUAACAUGUAUUUAGUGUGUGAGAAACACGAAUAACCAGUUAGAACACAUUACAUGUACUUCUGAGUGUGUUAAAAACACUAGCAGCUAGUUAGAACACAUUACCUAGUGUUAAAAACACUAGCAGCUAAUUAGAACACAUUACUUAGUGUUAAUAAAACACUAGUAGCUAGUUAAAGCACAUUACACAUAGGCAUUGGCACAAUUAUUUCCUACAGGAACACAUUGCUGAAAGGGUCAUGAAGAGGUACCGAGAGCCCUGCAAACAUGUCUAGAUACUUUUAUCACUACCUCUAGUGCCUUCCAGAUACUUCUAGUAACUUCUGGCAGAUUCAAGAAACAGACUAGUCUCAGUUGUCCAGAAUAGUUACCUUGACAAAAACAAAGCAGCAGUUUAUUUUCUCUGCAAGAAAACUCCCAUUAAUUUACAUUACUAAGGGCCGCCUGUGUACAUUUUGCCAACAGGGGAGGAAGCUUAUUUGUGUUCUCGAGUUUGGCAAUGGUGGCACAAUAAAAAUGGUUGUCAAGUAUUGGCUAGGAACUAACUUGCCAAAACCAAAUUGACAAUUCUGCUGCUCAUGUGCCAUGCUUGAGAGAACGCUGCACAUCAAACUGCUUCUUUGACCAAAGGCAUGUUCAUUAAUUUGCACUCGCACCUCAAAUUUAGGAACAUACUGCGAUACGUGCCUAGGUGUUUUCACCUCAGUUAUGUCUUUUCUAACUGUGGUUGCUGAAUGAGUCUUUAAGCCUAACCAGAAACCCUGCUGAACACAGCCAUAUGCAACACUUGAAAUGCCUGCUCAUGUGUAG